UGUGGGCAGUCUCUCUGCUCUAACGUCGUCUCUACUUGAAAUUGAAUGAACUACAAGUGCAUAGUCAUACUACACUGUUUAGUGUGCGCGAGAGCAAAGGAAACACUGUAACGUUACCCGAGGGCACUUUGUGGUUAAUAGUUUCAUACAGACAACACUUUUUUCCAGUCACCGAUUUUUACAGAGUAAUGGAGUCUCAUGUAAACGCGAAACGGCUUUUUAACCACGCAACAACCCUGAAGCUUCACACAGGAAAUUUAGUCAAUCGCAGUCGACUUAAGAAGAAAUGUCCGUCUUCGCCUAGUGAGGAGCUUCAAGACUGCAUCCAAGGCACACUAAGCGAGUGGUUUGCCGCAAUGCCGUCAUCACUUGACUCGGAGCUUCCCAUUGUUAUGGACUGCACCAUUCCAGAAAACACUGAGGCCAUCACCCCAGAGGAGAGAGAGGAGCUGAAGGUGUCUGUCAAGCUUUUUCUCACUGAGUCACUCUGCUCAUCAAUUAGAAGUGCUGUAGACAUGGCUUGUUCUUCGUUAGGCGUAACUCAGUUGGACUCUGUGAUCAUUGCUCCACCUCCUCUCCCUGAGGGUGAGGCACAGACGCUGACUCACCUUCAGCCGCUGUGGGAAGAGCUGGAGAGUCUCGUGGAAAGCCAGAAAAUUGCUGCCAUCGGCACGUCGGACUUGGACAAAACCCUCCUAGAGGAGCUCUAUAACUGGGCUCAGAUAAAGCCGAGCAGUAAUCAGGUGAAUCUGGCCUCGUGCUGUGUGAUGCCUCCAGACCUCACUGCAUUUGCUAAAGAGUUUGACAUUCAGUUGCUAACGCACAAUGACCCCAAAGAGCUAAUCAGUGCUGCAGGCUUCCAGGAAGCAGUCCAAGGGAGCAGUAAGGACCUGAAGGUGGCCGACUGGAGGCUGGAGUGGGUCUUGCGGUACUCCAUCAUCGUCAAGAGCAGAGGCAUCAUAAAAGCAAAGGGCUACAUUGUUCAUGCUAAAAAGAGCAGCGACCAUUAACAUGUCCUGCUUGAACAGGUUUUUGGGGUUUCCUGAAAUGUAUUCCACUUAAUUUAGGGAGCUAAAUCACUUAUGCAUAUUUUACAAAGGGUUUUCUCAACACUAAAGUGAAUUUGAAUUUUCCAAGGAGUAAAAAUUCAUUUCCUCAAUAUUAAGACGGCUAUCUGUUCUUGUAGAUAAAUGUGCCUCUUUUUCCUGACUGGACCAGGUUGAAUUCCCAAUGUUUAUCCAAAGGGUAAAAAUUUUAUGUAAAACAAUGGGAUGGCAGAUUAAGGAGUUUCAAAUUCCAAAAGGUUUUUUUUUUUUUUUUAAUUUUACAAGUACAUGGGCAGAGGCACUUAUUUUCAAAAAGAUUUGUAGAAGAGGUACACCUUGGAUAAUUUUUUCAAUUUUAUUAUAAAAUGUUUACCCCCAUUUUUUUUAAACGAGUGGGCCACAUAGUUUUAGAUUUUUUUUUACUUUAAUUUUAAAUGUCAAAUUUUAAAUCUUGCUGCCAUUUUAAGUUUGUAUAAUUUAUUUUGACUGUUGCUUGGCAUGGAGUGUUCAAUAGAUGUUGCCUGUUGUCAAUGGAUGAUUCUGUUUUGCACCCUUUUGUAAAUGAAAUGCUUUGCUUAUCUGAGGUAAAAGAAUGUUCAAAUAUGUAACUGUAUGGGAUGCUGGUAACAUGCAUGGCAUGAACGGCAUUAAUUCAUUGUAUAUAAAAACACUGGAAAAUUCCACACUUGAAGAAAAUUAAUGAUUAUAGUUCCAGUAUCUAACGGAUAGUCAGAAUAUAUAUUUUUACCUGUGUUAUUUAUUCAUUGUAAUUCCUUUUGGAUCCAAUUAUAUAAGAGUUGCAUCAUACAAUUACUAUUUUCAAAUGACUGUAAUCCCUAUUUGUGUGUUAAACAUAUUUAAUUUGGUUUAUAAACUUGGAAAUUGAAAAUUAA